CUUUAUGAGUAAACGUUUAGAACUCAGCCAACACGCCUCGUCUGCAUUAUUUACUAAUAGACAGACAACACAUGGUGUCAGAAGUGGCCGUGAGCAGCGUCGGACGGAAUGUUUGCCACGAGGGAGCCACGAAAAACGAGCGGAAGGCAGAUGUCUCUGGUCGCGUGAGUGAAAACGUGCGAAGGACGCCACAUUUCUGAGGAGUUUGCUACGGUGUGUGAAGACUAUGAGCGGCGGUAAAGUGACACAGAGGACAAGGGACAAAUUGAACAAAUAGAAGAGGAUCUUGUGCCCGAGUUGGAGGAAAGCCAACAACACAAAGAGCUGUGGAGUCCCGGUAACUUACCCCAAAGUGCAGUCAUGGAAAAGCUAAGUCCACCUAGCCCAAUGCUACUAACUGCUAAUCUUGCUGAUAACUGGAAGCGUUUUAAGCAAAGAUUUAAUAUAUAUUUAGCAGCAAGCGGAGCAGGAGGUGAUAAUGAAAAGCUGAAAGCUCAUAUACUUUUGCAUGUUAUUGGAGAAGAUGCUUUGGACAUAUAUAAUAGCUUUCAGCUGGAUGAAGCUAAUUUGACUUUGGAACAGCUAAUGACAAAGUUUGAAGAAUACUUUGUGCCUCGUCAAAACGUGACAUUUGAGAGGUAUAAGUUUUUCACAUAUGACCAAAAGCAAGGAGUACCUUUUGAUCAGUACAUGGCAGAGCUUCAUACACUAAGCAAAACAUGUGAAUUUGACACUCUGAGAGACUCAUUAGUGAGAGAUAGGAUUGUUUGUGGUACAAUGGAUAAUGCACUGAGAGAAAGACUGCUUCGAGAAACUGGGCUUACGUUAGAUAAGUGUGUCAGUAUGUGUAGAGCAGCUGAGACCACCAGAGCUCAAGCAAAAGAGCUACGGAGAGGUGAAACAGUGCAUGCCAUACAUAAAGAACAAUGGAAAAAUAAAAUGUGUACCAAACAAAAGGAUCAAAAAGGCAAAUCUGUGGAAUUUAAAUGUGGUAAAUGUGGAGGCAGCCACAAGCCAAAAUAUUGUCCUGCAUAUGGAAAAACAUGUAACAACUGUGGAAGGAGCAAUCACUAUGCAAAGUGUUGCAAAGCAGCUUCAAGACAGAAAGUUCACACAGUUGAAGAAGAUGAUGAUAAGGAGUUUCUUGUCAAUGUGGUGCAAGCAUGCACAAUUGAAAAAGAAGAAUGGAUUGUUCCAAUCACAGUGAAUCAGACGACAAUACCAUUCAAGUUAGAUACAGGUGCUCACGUAAACCUGCUAUCUUUGGAAGAUUACAAAACACUGACUGUAAAGAGCAAAAUCCAUCCAGUAAAAACCAAAGUAAGUGGAUACACUGGAGAACGAGUUCCUGUUAAAGGCGGAUGUAUUGCAACUUUUAAACACAAGGGUCGACAAAUGAGAGCACAGCUACUGAUCGUGGAUAUGAGUGUACAACCAAUCUUGGGACUCAGUGCAUGCACAAAGCUCAAUCUUGUCAAAAGAGUGUUUGUGGUGACAUCUCAAGAAACUACAAAUGCUCAGGACACACUCAUGGAAGAGUAUAAGGACUGCUUUCAAGGACUUGGAUGUCUACCUGGACUACAUAAAAUAUGUGUAGAUAAAAAUUUGUUUCCUGUUGUGCACCCGUGCAGGAAAGUCCCAUUUGCUCUGCGGGAAAAACUGAAAGAUGAACUAGCACGAAUGGAAAAGUUGGGAGUCAUUAAAAGAAUAGAUGAGCCAACUGAAUGGGUCAGCUCGCUGGUUGUUGUGCAAAAGAAAACAGGUGCCCUAAGAAUAUGCUUGGAUCCAAGAGACUUAAAUAAAGCGAUCAGAAGAGAGCACUUCAAGUUACCAACCAGGGAAAAGAUCAUGGCACAAUUUGCUGGAGCAAAAUGGUUCAGCAAAUUAGAUGCUUCAUCAGGUUUCUGGCAGAUGAAGCUUGACGAGGAGAGUUCAAGACUGUGCACAUUUAACACCCCGGAGGGCAGGUACAGGUUUCUUCGUCUACCAUACGGCAUCUUGUCAGCGCCUGAAGUAUAUCAUAAGACCAUUCACAUGAUUUUUGAGCACAUACCUGGAGUUGAGACAAUGAUGGAUGAUAUCAUAGUGUGGGGCUCAACCCGAAAAGAACACGACGAAAGACUGAGACAAGUGCUAGACAAGACAAGGGAGGUGAACCUGAAACUUAACAAAGAAAAAUGUGAGUUUGGAGUGAAGUCACUUACCUUUGUGGGAGAUGUUGUGAGUGAAGAGGGCGUGAAGCCAGACCCGAGAAAAACUUCAGCAAUCAACAACAUGGAAAGGCCAACCAACAAAGAUGAGGUCAGACGUUUCCUAGGGAUGGUCACCUAUCUUGCCAAGUUUGUCCCACAACUGUCAACACAGUCAGCACCUCUCAGGAGUCUUCUUGAACAAAAGAAUGAAUGGAUAUGGUCCCACGAGCAAGAACAAUGUUUUCUGAAACUGAAAGAGACUCUUACACAGGAGCCUGUGUUAAAGUUUUAUGACCCCGAGAAGAGCACCAGGAUCUCGGCAGAUGCAUUGCAGUACGGCCUGGGAGCAGUGCUACUGCAGCAACAUGAAGAGCAGUGGCUACCUGUCGCCUAUGCAUCCAGAGCGCUGACAAGUGCCGAGACCAGGUAUGCUCAAAUUGAAAAAGAACUGUUAGCAAGUUUGUAUGCAUCUGAGCGUUUCCAUCAAUAUGUAUAUGGACAGAUGUUUCAAGUGGAAACUGAUCAUAAACCGUUGGUGUCCAUCAUGAACAAACCAUUGAAUGACUGUCCAGUACGAAUACAGCGCAUGCUAAUUCGACUGCAAAAAUAUGACGUGCACAUGAUGUAUACACAAGGAAAAUAUAUGUACACAGCUGACACAUUGUCUCGAGCAGUGGAUAAGAGAGAACUUGCAGACAGUGAAAAUAGCACAGAGAUACAGGCAUAUGUAGAUAUGGUAGUGACAUCUUUGCCGGUGACUGCAGACAGAACAGAACACAUACGGAGAGAGACUAUUGCAGAUGAAACUAUGAAAGAACUCAAGAGCACAGUACAGAAUGGAUGGCCUGACAACAAAAAGGAUUGCCCCUUGAAAAUACAAGACUAUUGGAAUUGUAGAGCUGAGCUCACAGUGGUGGAUGACAUUGUGCUAAAAGGGAGCAAAUUUGUUAUUCCGUACUCACUGCGCAAACAGAUGCUCGAAAAGAUACACGAAGGCCACCUCGGUGAAGUCAAGUGUAAAAGGAGGGCUAGAGAAGUAAUGUACUGGCCAAGGAUCAAUCAGGAUAUUAGCCAAACAACAACAUCAUGUGGAGUUUGCCGAACUUACAGGCCAAAACAACAAGCUGAGCCACUGAUGACUCAUCCAGUGCCCCACAGACCGUACUACAAAGUAGGAACUGAUCUAUUUGACUUUGAUGGAAGGAGCUACGUGGUAGUCACAGACUACUUUUCAAACUAUCUGGAAAUUGGAGCGUUGCAGUCAACAUCGAGCAAAGCAGUUGUCAGUUAUUUAAAGACUGUUUUCGCCAGACAUGGUGUUCCAUGCGAACUGUUUUCUGACAAUGGUCCCCAGUUUUCUAGUUGUGAGUUUGCUGCCUUUGCCAAGGAAUGGGGGUUUCAACACUCCACGUCAAGUCCAACGUAUCCAAAGUCCAACGGCUUGGCAGAAUGCUCUGUAAAAACAGUAAAAAACUUGUUAAAAAAAAUCACAGGACAAAGAUGA